AACUGACGUAAGUUGGGUCGCCUUAUUUUUAGACUACGUCACGUGGAAAGGCAAAUGUGUGACCUUUCCUUUUCGCUACAGCUCUUUUACAUGCAUUACUGCCUUGUUUGAAUUUACGGUUACGAUAUUACAUUUGCAAUUACGACACCCCCAAAGACAAAUGUUUCAUUUUAUAUUCCUGUUAUGCCGAAAAUCGCAUAAACAAAUGAUGAUGUGCGCUCAAGAAUAGUAAAUGGCUUUCAAAAAAAGUCUAAAAAUGAAUUCAUCAGUGUAGCUUGUUUCUUUAUUCUUUAAUAUUUAAGGCGUCAGGGGUAAAAUUACUGCUGAAUAGAAACUUAGCGUGGUUAACUAAAAAGGUUAUGAACUUGAAAAUGCACUUGCUAAUAAUAAAGAAACAAAAUGUGUCGGGGAUCCUGUUUUGCGGUUCGUAAUUAUACUUAACAAAUAUAAAACGGAAAAUAUAAAUUAAUUUACUCCUUUGUUUAAAGAGAAAUGUUUACUAGCGCAUGAGCCGUUUAAAAUCGUUGCCGAAUGGUUCCACCCAACUUAAAUUCAAUGGCCGUAAGUAUCGCGCCAGCGGCCGCCAUUGCUAUGACGCGCACUUGUGUUUCUCAUCCAGUGACGACCGCCCAGAAAUUUUGACGUGGCUACUACGUAUAGCCUGUUUACCCACUCCGAUUGCAGCAAACUUGGUGACGAGGAAUACGUAAGUGGUAACCCGGGUCUUGGACCAUGGAGACGAUAGAGGAAAAUGGAUCUGUUGAUCCCUUAGCGACGUCACCAGAAAGUCCAAUAGCAUCAUCGGUAGGAAAUACUAAUAUUCAGUCUCACCUGGUGACUGCUACUAACAUAGUUCAGCUAACAAUUCCGCAAGGGCAAGCACAGGUGCAAAGUGUUAUUCAACCAAAUCAGCAAUCAGUAAUACAAACAGCAGCAAAUUUGCAGCCCAUGCUUAGCAAAGGAAACGUCAUACUAGUCAGCAAACCAAAUUCUGUUAUUCAGACGACACAGGGGAGUCUUCAGGCGUUAAGGGUAGUGGAAGCUGCUGGUAGCGACGACAGUUUUUCUGAAGACGAAUCUCCCAAAAAGAGGCGCGAUCUGCUAACAAGGAGACCGUCAUAUAGGAAAAUACUUAACGAUCUUGGAGGGGAACCCAAGGUCGAGCAGACAUCGUCGGAGGCGGAUAGUGAGUUGUCCUCACACUCAAUCCCAUACCACACAGUUUUACCCGCUACCGCAAUUCAGAUAUCCAGCGGUGAAGGUGGACAGGGUAUACAUACCUUAACGAUGACAAAUUCGACAGCAGGUGGAGCUAUUGUACAAUACUCUCCUGGUCAAGAAUUUUUUGUACCUGGUAAUUUAAUUGUUGCACAAACUGGCAACCUUAACGCAUCAGUGGGGGAAGACCAAGCACGCAAACGGGAAAUGCGGUUGUUGAAAAAUAGGGAGGCCGCGCGAGAGUGUAGGCGGAAGAAAAAAGAGUACAUAAAGUGCCUAGAAAAUCGAGUGGCAGUGCUUGAAAACCAAAAUAAAGCCUUAAUUGAUGAACUAAAAUCGCUCAAAGAACUUUAUUGUCAGCAUAAAACCGAAUGAGGUUGGUUUAUUGUUAUCGAAUUGGUGAAGGAAUUGCGCCGAGGGAUUAUACUUGUCUUAUAGAUUAACAGUGAAAUGAAUUUAUUUUUGUGACGAAUCUUGGGGUAGACGCUUUAAAGCAGAUGGUAAUCUUGUGGAGGGCAGUAUAUUGCAGAAUUUGUUGGACAAAGAAUGAAAUUUGCACUAGUUGAGGAGCUUGCAGGGAUAUCUUAUAAGGAGACAUCAAUUUUCUAUGUUUUAAAGUUGGCGCUCAAACGCAAAUUCUGUAACAUAGCACCUUUAGUAAUGCAUCCUUGAAUUUGCUCAGUUUAAUUGAACAUGUGGUUACUUUUUGUGUUCAAACUUUUUUGGUGUGAUGCUUUGUCAAGAACUUUGCAAAAAUUCUAUUUUUUCUUCAAGAAUUAGGACAAGUGCCCUUUUAAUUUCUUAUUUACACAUCCUAAAGACGUCUAAAUAAAUAACUACAUUAUUGUCAGUUCCAUUAUUGACACUUUGUAACCCGGAAUAACAGCAUAAACAACAUAAACAGAUAUUGUAGUGUAAUUAAUUUUUUGUUCUGCACGGAAAAGUGACAAAAAAUGCGUAAGUUAAGGUAUAUAAAAUUAUUUUUUCACUGAC